AUGGAGUCCAGUUCGCUGGUUGGAAUCGAAUUUCUGAUGCUUUCUGGAACUGCAGAAACUGCAUUAGAAGUUCCACCAAUAAGGGAGGAAGAUGGACAUGAGGAGUACCAAACAAGGUUGCUCACAACCUUGAGUCACCAUCCUGGGAGCCCCAGCCAUCCUUGGCUGUGCCUGGUUGCUUUGAAGGCUGAAGAGGAAGAUUCUUUGGCAACAGAUGAUUUCCUUGUGGACUACUUUAAUGAAUUCCUAAGCCUUCCAACCUUUUCAGAGGCAAUUAGAUUUAAUGCGGAUUAUGGAGUUUUUGAAGUAGUAAACAAUGCUCCACAACUUCUGGAAAAGCAACUGAAAAAAAUUCUACAAAGCCAGCAACCUCGAAAUCCCAUCUAUGAUGUUGUAAGGAAAGGAAAGAAUGAUAUUAAACCUGUUCAAAUGAAUGCCCCCUAUGAAAAUGAGACCAUUAAUGUCAACUACAAUAUUAUGUGUCUCAGUCGUGAACAAGGUAUUAAGUGGAUCAAAAAAGAAAGACUUCCAGCAUUUCUGGAAAGUGAUUGCUACUUUGAAUACAGAUUAGCCAAAUUGGUCUCACAAGUACGAUGGAGCAGAGCAGGCAUGAACAUUACACUCGAUGCAGACUUUUCCCCCUGGGUCCUGAAAAAACCACCCAGUCCACCACCACCUGUCACUGAAGAAGAAAAUGUUACAAUAAUGAAAAAGUUCUACAUUUCUCUUGGUGAGAGCAACAAAUGCAAGAUUGAAGAACAUGCUCAGUGUCGCCCGGGAAGCAAGGAAGGGUAUUAUAGAAAUGUCAGGAGUGUCAUAAAAAUAUGUUCUCGUAGUACAGAAAGUUUUAUCUUUGAUGAUGGAAUUCACCCGAGGACAAAACGGGACUCAUCUGAAUCCACUAGAUUAAUUUCUCAUUUCAAAGAAGAAGAUGGGUCUGUAUGUCUACAAGACACUCCUUCUCAAGCGCUUCUGAGAAUAUACCUUGAAAAGCAACAGGAUGCUGAUGAUGGCCUUAUAUUGCAUUUCUCAACAUGUGAAGAAUUUUUAAGAUCUUACGUAGCCUUUAUUUUGAGAGUAGCAAUUCAUCACAUUUUUGAAGAGCCACUUAGAGAAAGCCCAGAUUUUAUAAAUUUCAACAAGGUAACAGAAGUGGUGAUUGAGGAGGGUUUUGAGCCUGUUCCUGGCAGGAAUGUUGUGUCAAGUGAAGCAUUUCAAACCUAUGUCAAGUCAAAAGAGAUGCUAGAACAAGCAAGUUUAAAAAGUGAGAGCAUUGGACAAGAGAGCAGGGCUGAUUGGUGUAUUUCUCACAAAGCUUAUGAUAUUGGCAAUAGAAAAGAGUUUGAAAGAUUUAAGAAAUUUAUAAAAGGUACACUAGGAGAGAGAUAUUGGUUGUUAUGGAUGGAUAUUGAGAGGUUAAAAGUUCUUAAGAACGCUGGAAGACAUCAAAGACAUCUUGAAAAGAUGAAAAAAUGCUAUUUAGUGAGCAGUGGAGAUUGCUACCUUUCUGCAGAAAUAUUAUCAAAACUUAAACUGCUAGAUGCAUCUCAGUGGAAUGAAGAACAUUUAAGAAAUAUUCAGAUUGAGGUUGUAAAACCCUUACUUCUCUAUUGGGCGCCAAGAUUCUGUGUUAGUCAUUCAUCCCCAGCAAAACAUGCUAGUGCUGAACUGAAAUUCUGGCAUCUCCGUCAAGAGAAACCAAGGAGGGAUGUUGACCCUUUUCCACAGAUGGCAACCCUCUUGCCAUUAAGACCUAAAUCGUGCAUUCCACAGGUAUCUGAUAUGCAGAAAGAAGAAUCCAAUUUAUUACAGCAUCCUAAAUCUCCCAAGAAACCACCUAGAGCAAAAACGGCAGUUCAAAAACCUUGGAAGAGCAAGUCUUUGUAUCUGAUUUCUUCGAAGGACGACGUGAUUGAGAAAGGGUUGAGGCACAGAUCAGAAAGCACCAGAGUUAUUCGCUUAACAUCUUUUACUGAUAUUUCUGAAUGUCUGAAGCCCCAGCUGGAUAGAAGAUACACUUAUACAGAAGAAUCUUUGGUUAAAACCAUGGCAGAUGGUGCCUUGGGAGGAUUUGACAUGGAAAAUUUGUUGCAAUCUUUGUAUGUAGAAAAUAGAGCUGGAUUCUUCUUUACCAAAUUCUGUGAGCACUCAGGAAAUAAGUUGUGGAGGAAUAGUGUGUACUUUUGGUUUGACCUACAGGCUUAUCAUCAGCUCUUCUACCAAGAAACACUUCACCCUUUUAAAGUAUGCAAACAAGCCCAAUAUCUUUUUGCCACAUACAUUGCUCCUUCGGCCACUCUUGACAUUGGACUCCAACAGGAAAAGAAAAAAGAAAUUUAUAUGAGAAUACAGCCACCAUUUGAAGACCUUUUUGACACAGCAGAAGAAUAUAUCCUUCUCCUCCUUCUUGAGCCCUGGACACAGAUGGUAAAAUUAGACCAAGUUGCUCUUAGAAAGGUGGAGCUGGUGGAAGAAACUAGACAGCUAGACUCCACAUACUUCAGAAAGCUACAGGCUUUGCAUAAAGAGACAUUUUCCAAGAAAGCUGAGGACACUACUUGUGAAGUUGGAACGGGUAUUUCACCGCUUCCUGAUGUGUGUAAAAAAACAGAAUACUGGAAUAAUGUUCCUGAAGAAUAUAGGCACUUCAGUUUUAAUGAUCUGCUUAACAACAAACUGGAGUUUGAACAUUUCCGUCAGUUUCUUGAGGCUCAUUCUUCAAGUGUGGACCUUAUGUGCUGGACAGACAUUGAGCAGUUCCGAAGAAUAAUUUACAGAGACCGAAAGCAAAGGGAAGCAAAAUCUAUAUAUAUUAAAGACAAAUACCUUAAUAAAAAAUAUUUCUUUGGCCCCCAAAGUCCAGCUUCUCUGUAUCAGCAAGACCAGAUAAUGAAUUUAAGUGGUGGCUGGGGAAAGAUGCUCCAUGAGCAGCUCGAUGCACCUGUUUUAAUUGAAAUUCAGAAGCAUGUCCUAAAUAAGCUAGAAAAUGUGUGGUUGCCAUUAUUUCUUGCAAGUGAACAGUUUGCAGCACGUCAGAAGAUAAAGGUACAGAUGAGGGAUGUAGCUGAGGAGCUCUUACUACAGAAGCAUGAAAGGAAGAUCGGGGUCUGGAAGCCUGUGGAGAGUAAAUGGAUAUCUUCAUCUUGUGAAAUCCUGGCUUUUCGUAAAGCAUUAUUGAAUCCAGUUACUGCAAGACAGUUUCAACGGUUUGUGGCUCUAAAAGGAGAUUUAUUGGAAAACGGGGUACUCUUUUGGCAAGAAGUACAAAAAUAUAAGGACUUGUGCCAUUCUCAUUGUGAUGAGUCCAUCAUUCACAAGAAGAUCAUGACUAUUAUCAACUGCUUUAUUAAUUCUAGUAUUCCACCAGCUUUACAAAUUGACAUUCCAAUAGAGCAAGCCCAGAAGAUUAUUGAACACAGGAAGGAGUUAGGACCCUAUGUAUUUAGAGAGGCACAGAUGACAAUUUUUGGGGUUCUAUUUAAAUUUUGGCCUCAGUUUUGCGAGUUUAGGAAAAACUUAACUGAUGAAAAAAUUAUGAGUGUUUUAGAGAGAAGACAAGAAUAUAAUAAGAAAAAAAAAUUGGCAGUCACAGAAGACGAGAAAUUUGCAAAGGAUGGAAGCAAACAAUAUGCAAGUUCUUCAGGAUCUGCUAUCAAAACAGCUGCUUUACCCAGUGACCCAGUUUUCAGCCUGCAAGCAUAUGGUCGACAGCCAACCUGGUGCUACUCCAAGUACAUAGAAGCCUUAGAACAGGAGAGGAUUCUUCUUAAAAUUCAAGAAGAACUGGAAAAAAAGUUAUUUACAGCUACACCAUCUUUUACAAAUUUUAAGUCUGCUGCUUCAGCUGUGUCUUUGAAAAAGACUGUAUCUUCCUACAACAUCCAGAUUUUGGAAUUUUCUAUUGAUCUUUCUUCAAGCUCACUGAUUCUUUCCUUAGCUGUGUUUAGUCUGUUGGUAAACCCAUCAAAGGCAUUCUUCGUUUCUGUUACAGUGUUUUCAGUUUCUAGCAUUUCCUUCUCUAGGGGCAGCAGCUUGCCCUGUUACCACAGUUCUUUGAAGGAUCCAAGAAGAGUUGUGGAUUUUCAGCAGGGCUCUGAGGUCCUAGAACUUGGCUAUCUUAUUCACCCUUUACCCAAACCAAACGAUUAUUCACCUGAGGAUAGUUGUAAUGUAAAUGGCAGUUUGUGCACACGGUUCACGCACUCCAUGGGCCCAGAAUGA